AUGGCUUCUCAUGAGGAAGCACUCAUUCGUCGGCCUGAUUUUAAGAUUUCUGCUAGCAUCCCAAGCCCUCUCACGGUUCCAAUUCCUUGUCAUCACAUCCGUCUUGGCGAUAUUCUUAUUCUUGGAGGCCGUCCGUGCCAGGUCAUCCGCAUCAGCACCUCUGCUGCCAACGGCCAGCACCGCUACCUCGGUGUUGACCUCUUCACCAAGCAGCUCCAUGAGGAGUCCAGCUUCGUCUCCAACCCCGCCCCCAGCGUCGUUGUCCAGACCAUGCUCGGCCCCGUCUUCAAGCAGUACCGCGUCCUUGACAUGCAGGAUGGCGCCAUCGUCGCCCUGACCGAGACCGGUGAUGUCAAGCAGAACCUCCCCGUCAUUGACCAGUCUUCGCUCUGGAACCGCCUCCAGAAGGCUUUCGAGUCUGGCCGUGGUUCCGUCCGGGUCCUCGUUGUUACUGAUCACGGUCGCGAGAUGGCUGUUGAUAUGAAGGUUGUCCAUACGAGUAGAUUGUUUGGGAGCCGUACGACUCACGAUGAGCAUCAGAAGAAGCCUGAUGUGCACGAAGCUUCCAGGAACGGCGAUUCUUCUCUACUUCGAGAUAUCCUGAGGGAUGCGCCAGAGAGCAUCACACUUUUAGACACAAACAAGAGGACAGCGCUUUUUAAGGCGAUUGAAGGCCGACAGAGAGAAUCAGCAGAGAUUCUGAUCGACGCCGGCAUUGACAUCAACGCCUUAGAUGAAAACAACAUUUCCGCAUUGGAAUUUGCCCUUUUUAACAAAGACUCGACUUCCCAAUCAAUGGCCCUUCUGCUUCUGAAAGGCGGUGCAUCGCCUGUCUCGAACCUCGAGAGCAAUGGCCUGGCGCUUCUUUCAGCUUCAGCCAAGGGAGAUAUGGAUACUGUGAACCGUCUCUUGGCGAAUGGCACCAGUAUUAAUGGCCAGGAUCGACUGGGAUAUACAGCUUUGCACGAGGCGGCUUGCUUUGGGAACCUUGAAGUGGCAAAGAAGCUCAUUGAGUGUGGAGCUGACGUGAAUGCCAAAACUACACUGGGUGGGAACACUGUGCUUCACGUCACCAUUGCUACGUCUUCAGACCAACAACAUCGGCUGUUCUACGAAGAGGAGUCAGGCAGACAGAAGCCUCCACAGCUGUGUUCGGGCCAUGUUGAUGUUGUGAAGCUACUGCUGCAAUAUGGCGCAGUUCCGGGGCUGAAGAGAUUGGAUGGUCUUACCGUUCAGGGUUUGUUGGCGCAGCAGCUUUCAGCAUUAUCUGCGGAUGACCAGGCGCAGGUGUUUCUGCAAAAGAUUUUAAUCGUCGUCAACAACCCACCAUCAGCCGAAUCGAGAACGAUAGUGGAAAAGACCUAUGUACCCCCAACUAUACCGGACGCCGCAUGGGAGGUGUUGUCACACGGGCCCACGACUCAGUGCCCCUAG